AUGCUAAGCUUCGACCGAGCCAAUCCGGAUAGUAACACCCUAAGCUUCUGUGGCCGCCCUGAGCUUGGAGAGGAUCGCCAAUUCAAGAAAAUUGCUGCGCGGGGUCUAGCAGCUGCAUUCAGCACUGAAUCGAAGCCGAUCUGCGUGCAGAUGAUCAUUGUUGUCGAUACUCAUAUGAUGGACACUCGUGAUGCAGCACUGGAUACCGCCGCGACUGCACGCCGAUCGAUCUCAUCGCCAUGGCCUGGUGCCCAGAGCCCAAGAUGCGAAGUGGGGCCAUCGGAGUCGUGCCUAGGCCGAACCCCUGAAGGGGCGCGAGGGAACAGCGCCUCAAUCCCCCACCCUAAUCCUACCGAGGAGAUUCCUGCCAUGAAGGAGUAUUCACGCUGGAGAAGCCUAUUGUGGGUGAAGGGUGAAGUAGUGAGGAUCCAGUCACCUGCUGAGCAGGUGUUGCCUCUGCCCGGACAUGGAUCAGAUGAUGCCAAAUCUGAGCUUGGCCCCUGGUGGGCCAAAUCAUCAUAUAAACCGAUCCGUUCCUUUCACUUAAUUUUUGAAAAGCUUGGUUUCCUCGCCUCUACUAAAACUCGCACUAUUUGCCUAGCCGUUGGCAUACUGUUAGUUAUGUUGUUAACGACUGCACUUACCGCCGUGCUUCUGCUUGGUCAGGCUGGACGAUCUCGCGCAGAUGUUGAUUUGACUGUUGACUUGGGAUAUUCCAAGUACCGUGGUUUCAAUGGCCCGAAUGGCGUCAGUCAAUGGUUCGGUAUCCGAUACGCCGCCCCUCCAGUGGGCGAUUUAAGAUUCAGAGCGCCGCAAGACCCAGCCAUCAAUACCGCGGUGCAAGAAGCAAACAAGCAUGGUCCACUUUGCCAUACUUCACCCUCGAAUUCGCUCGACACCAGCAAGCAGGAAGACUGUCUCUUCCUCGAUGUUUAUGCACCGAGCGCCGGCAAAGGAAAGCAUCCCGUGCUAGUAUUUUUCCAAGGAGGCGGAUUCAACGGUCUUGCGAAUCCAAACCAGGAUGCAACCAGUCUUAUUAAGGCUGGUGACCACGAUAUGGUGGUUGUUACAUUCAACUAUCGCUGUGGCCCGUAUGGGUUCUUGGCCAGCAAAGAGGUGAAGGCAGAUGGAGCCCUCAACGCCGGAUUGUUGGAUCAGAGAAAGGUCCUUCAGUGGGUGCAGAAACACAUCCACCUGUUCGGGGGAGAUCCCAAGCAUGUAACCAUUGCAGGCGGUUCAGCAGGCGGAGCAUCCGUCAAACUCCAUCUGACAGCCUAUGGCGGCCGCGACGACAAUCUAUUCCAUGCUGCUGCUGCGGAGAGUCAAUCCUUUGGUGUUGAACUGACCGUCGAAGAAUCUCAAUACCAAUACGACGCACUAGUGAAGCGGGUUAAGUGCGACACCGCGGCCAACACCCUUAAGUGUCUCCGAGGUGUCAGCAUCAAGACCUUAGCAGAGAACAACCCCAACGUCAUCAGCCCCGGUGGAGGAGGCGGGACCCCGCUGUACAUGUGGUCAAGUACCAUGGACGGGGUCUUUACACCGAAUUUCACUUACAAUCUUAUUUUGCAAGGGAAAUUUGUCAAAGUCCCUGUGAUCUUCGGCGAUUGUACAAAUGAAGGCACAGUCUUCACCCCGAAAUCCAUCGCUAACGCCACGCAAAUGGGCAACUUCCUCAAAAACAACUUCCCAAAAGUAACCCCCUAUCUGGGCGUCAUCGAGCUGCUCUACCCCUCCACACCACAAAACCAAUUCCCCUCCGCAGCCCCCUACUGGCGACCCGCAGCAGACGCCUACGGUGACAUGCGCUACACCUGCCCUGGCAUAUUUCUCUCGGUCUCGUAUCCGAACCACAGCGUAAACGAAAGUUGGAACUAUCGAUGGGAUGUAGUACGCCCUGAGAACGCCAAGAGCGGGCUGGGAGUUACUCAUGUCGCGGAUCAAGGAGCAAUCUGGGGAAAUGCCGGACCUGUCGAGGCACCACUUUCGCCGAUGAUGCAGGCGUAUUGGACUAGUUUCAUCAGGACAAAAAAUCCGAACACUCAUAAGCUACCGAAUGCACCAGAGUGGGGUGAGUUUCUGCCAAAGGGACAGAUCCCGAAUAGUCCCAUGCGGAGGAUUCAUUUUGUGAAUGAUGUCAAGGCUACGGCAAUGGAGACGGUGGAUGAUAACCUGCAACUGAAAUGUACUUGGCUUAAUGCCAUCGGGGGGCGGAUUGGACAGUGA